GCCUACAUUAACCUACCUCCUAGGUCGGGUACUGACUGACUGUAGCCACACUCAAAGCUGAUAUCCUCACGCCGUCCUACCUACGCUCUUCGAAUAUGCGCUGGUAGAAACGGCUCGCGAACUGGCUGGUCGCGCACUUAUCGUACCACAUACCAUUCUCUAGGCCUACAUACCACAUCCAAGAGCAACAGGACAGCGAGAGCGAUAUGCCAUUGCCCUCGCCUCCGACCUUGUUCCCCACGUAUCUCAUCCCGUCUCUCUCCUUCCGCCGGCGCAAAUCCAGCACCGAUAGCAACGCCUCCACUCUGACCACUGCCAUCUCCUCAAGCACAGCUACUACUGACAACGAUGCCUACCUAAACGGUCAUGAAUCUCACCUGCGUUGCGCUCGCUGUCUCUCAGACUUAGCUCUCAGCAGCCAGAUCAUCAGCAAAGGCUUCACAGGUCGGCAUGGACGCGCCUAUCUCGUGGCACCUUCGCCAUCGAGCACGCUGUCAGCGGGUCCCAUGACCACCUCGAACUGCAUGACUGCGAAAGCACGCAACGAUGCUUUGCCCAACUUACCGAACACGUAUACGCACAAACCAGUUCCAAGACAACUGGUCACCGGCGCUCACACUGUCGGAGACAUCUCCUGCUCACAAUGUGGGAGUGUUCUGGGAUGGAAGUAUAUCCACGCGGAAGAUGAUGGGCAAAAGUACAAGAUUGGAAAGUUCAUACUGGAGACCAAGAGGGUCUGUAGAAGCAGUACGUGGGAAACUGCCACGGACACUGAUGCAAUUGAGGAUGGUGAAGCGCUGGGUAGUAGGAGGUACAGUGCUGCCACUUCUACCUAUCCGCCUACAAGUUUAGAGGCACCUCAGGAAGAACAAGUGGAAUUCGACAGCGACGAUGAAGACGAACGCGAGGCACUGUUCACAGGAAGGUGGACGCCGCAAUUUGCAGGAAGAAUCAGGAGCGAGAAGGCGAAUGGCUAUGCUCGAGAUGUGUUGACCGAGGAGGAGUAAUAGUAAUGAUGGCAGGAAGGCAGGGCUUCGUGUCUGCAUGGUAUACGACUUGACGAAAUGUUUCUUUUCUUUUUUUGGAUACCCUGGAAUGCGUCGGACUGUAAUGGCGUAUGGUUUUGCUCUUGGGUCACGAGCAAGUAACGUUGAUUGUUAUUUAAUUCUUGAACAGUAUGCACAUCGAUAUCCCUAUGAUCUUUUCUCUCUUCUCAUUUACAACAACAUCCUCAACGUGCCCAACCCUGGACUGACAGAUUCCUUACUCUUCAACGUCAACACCGCCGCUCGUUGCGCAAUAUCAAUGAAAUCCUCCACUCUCCCAGCAGCAGUACCGUCGUCCCUCUUCUGCGCAGCCAGCCCCGCAACAAUCGUCCCCACAAACGUAUCCCCCACCCCAUUCACACUCACCACAUGCUCUCCCUCGACCUCCUCCACCGCAGGAAACAACCUCAUAUACACCCCACCCACUCCCACACUAUCCUCCGUGCCAUUUGUACAUCUCGCCAGAAUAUGCGGCGCAUACUCGGGAUGGUUCAACCGUUCAUCCCCCGCAGGCAGAAUCUGCGUCAAUAACACACCCUCGGAUCCGAGUUUGCAGCAGACGGUGGGGAUAUAAGGGAGGAGUUGGAUGCUUUGUUGUGGAAUGCCUUCGUCUACGAGGCGUUUGGAUGUCGCGAAGGUGAGUUGGGCUCGUGCGCCCGAGUGAGGGAUUCCGAGGGCGUCGAUGAUGGACCACCAGUGCGGAGUGGAGAAGAGACCGGAUUCUCGGCCGGAGGUGUACAUGGCGUUGA